AUGCAGGAUGUCCUCACUCACUCACUGCUGGACAUUUUCUACCCUCCUCUCCUUUUGCCUCUCCGAAAGAUUCUUUCCAUCUGAGCCUUGUCAUCCUAAAAAGCUUGUUAAUCAAAAUGCUUUCUCUAGUUCCCUCUUUUUCUCCUAACUAUUCAUUUUUCUUCCCCCUCCUUUGCCACAGACCCAGAUCUGUUUAAACACUAACCACAUUACACUUUGCCUAAGGCUUGCAUCCAGUGUGUUGACAUCGGAAAGGGGUGGGGGACGGCAUCCCUAAGAAUGUCUGAACUUCCUGCCUCGAUUACUAAUCACAAAUCUGUACUGCUUACUGUUCAUCUCACAAGUAAACAGGUUUGAUCAAUUUAGGGUUAUUUUGUAGUUCAUUCUUGAAAGGUUCUGUUCCAAUGUUCCUCUCAUGAUUUGUUUUAAUGGUUUAUUUACGGUGGUACAGAAAAGGUUUUGUUGCGCAUGGUUUUACUUGCUUUGCUCUUCUGCAGUAAGAUUUCCGUCAUGAGACUAUGGCUUUUACUUGCCGUGUCAUUUUUCUGCUGGCUAAGCUACAGUGUUGCCAAAGAUCCGAAUCAGAAUCGUCCUGUGGCUAAAGGAAGACGAAGGAAGGGGAAGAAAAUGGCUCGUCAAGGCAGGGUGCCAGUUAAUGGUGGAUAUAACAGCGCAUCAGUUUUCAUUGAGUCUUAUAAAGGGGUAGAGGAAGCGAAGCCGAGCUACAAUGUUAUUCCAGGGAACACAGGACAGUGUGUAUUUCAGGGCAUCGCUAUGUUUGAUAAAACCGUGUGGUCACCGAAGCCCUGCGUCACCUGCUUAUGCUCCAGUGGGAACGUGGUGUGUGAUGAAAUGCAGUGUCCGGUUUUACGGUGCCACUUCAAAUUUAAACCUAUUGGACAGUGCUGCCCAAUCUGCAUUGAACCCACUCAUGAAGCCUCUGAAAACUCUGGUGAUUCCCCUGUCCCUAACGAUCCAAGCGUCCCUGAUGCUGCGUUUCUGCCCGACAAGAGCCUGAGAAGAGAGAAAUACAAGGAGGAAGAGGAGAGGCUCCUGCGGAAAGACGCGGAACGAAAGAGGAGAAAGAAGCAAAAGAAGGAGACAGAAAAUCGCAGGAAACAACUGGAGGAGCGAGAACGGGAGGAGGAAAUGAGGAAGUUGAGAGAGGAAGCAGAGAAGAGAGCAGCAGCAGAAGAAGAGAAGAGGAGGAUGGAGGAACUUCAGCGGGUGGAGGAUGACAGGAUGAGGAGGAGGGAGAAGGAAGAGAGGGAGAGGCUGAGGGCUCUUGAGGAGGCAACAGAGCGAGAGCGGACUGAACUGAGGGCAGAGCAAGUUGAAGAGGAGGAGGAGGAGGAGGAGGAGGAAGAGGUGACUGUGUGGUUAAGAGGGGAUGUUUUCCAAAUGCCACCACAGUUACCUACCCCUCCAGACUUUCCAUCACCAACAGAACCAUCUGACCCCAGUCACGCUGGAGACGGAGACGAUGAAGACGAGGAAUCUGCACGGAUUAGCUACGCACUCCCUCAGGGAUGCACAAUCUCUGAUGUCAUUGUCUCCUGUGAAAAUGCCAAACUCACCAGUGUUCCUCCUCUUUCCAUCCCUGAGCUCAAGUCUCUCAAUCUACAGGGAAACGCGAUCACUACCAUUCCAGCAGAAGCUUUUAACGGUGUACUGAAUUUGGAGUGGAUAGAUUUGGGGAAAAAUAAGAUCUUAUCAUCUGGAAUUGAUCCACAAGCGUUUACCAAGCUUAAAUAUUUAACCCGGUUAUAUAUGGAUGGAAAUUUGCUUGAACACAUUCCUCCGGGGCUUCCACAUACGCUACAAGAAUUAAAGAUAAAUGAGAACAACCUCCAAGAGAUGGAUGAGGACAGCUUUGAGGGUCUGAGCAGUCUGGUUACUUUGGAAAUGGAAGGGAACAUGCUGAGCGAAGUAAACGUAAAUCCCAAACUCUUCAGACCACUGAAACAGCUCACCUACCUACGGUUGGGCAGGAACCACUUCCGCACCAUCCCUCAAGGCCUACCAGCAUCUCUGCAGGAGUUGCAUCUUGAAAACAAUUUAAUUGAGGAAAUACCCGAGGGAGCUUUUAACCAAAGCAAAAACCUCAACGUCAUUGUGUUAAGACACAAUAAAAUAGAUGAGUCACGGAUUGCACCCUUUGCCUGGCUCCAUCACAGGAAUCUGGAAUCAAUAGAUCUCUCACACAACAAACUCCAUUUGGUCCCAUCAUUCCUGCCAAAGUCCUUGGUUCACCUGGUGCUGGUUGGCAAUCAGAUCGAACGCAUUCCAGGAUAUGUGUUUGCGCACAUGGAGCCUGGCCUUGAGUAUCUGUACCUCUCCUACAACAAGCUGGAUGGAGAAGGGGUGGAGCCAGAGUCUUUCUUUGGCACAUUUAACACCAUGACCGAGCUAUGUCUAGACCACAACCAACUGACCAGCAUUCCCAUCGGAGUCAAUGAGAUGACGUCGUUACAUUUCCUCAGGCUUAACAACAACAACAUAAGUCUGUACAGGGCUACAUCCAGUCACAUGAACAAAAUCAUCGCUGGGAGUGUCUAUGAUAUGGACUCGUCUGAUUGGGCACAUUGGAGAGGACAACAUCUGCGACCCCUUGAAUGAUGAAGAUUCACGCAUAGUAGCCUUGCGCCUUGAGAAUAAUCUGCUUGACCCACGGAAAAUCCCUCCAACUGCCUUCUCAUGCGUUAGGUCGUAUUCUAGUGUUAUUCUGAGGCCUCAAAGAAUGAAAUAAUCUUAUAAUGAAGUCUUAAGCAUGUUAAUCUUUCUUCAUACACUGCCUUGUGCUCAAACAAAGCUGAGACAGGCAAUGCAAUGUAAAUUCCAACUCCAAACGCUCCAUCCUGCUCCAAGUGUUUUGCAUGAAGGUCAUUGUUCAAUAUGUUGAUUAUUUUAUAAGACAAGGGCCUUUAUUCAUUAGCUAUGAGAAAUAAGGCAUGGUUACUUGCUGGUAUGUAGAGCAUGUCAGCAGAUGUCUGUGGUUAUGGGGACCCAUUUAGACUUUCAGUCUUUCUAUGAAUGCUAAAUGGAAACAUUUUACUUUCCGAUUAUUCAGUCAGGGAAAACGGUAGAUCUGAAGAUCCAAAGCUAUGUAAGGAUAUGAUUCUGUUCACAUCAGUAUUUCAUUAUUUCAGCAUUUCUCAUACAUUUCCUGAGAGCAUAAAGAAAAAUGUAUAGUUUUACAACGUGUUUUACACCAAGUUUAUUUAUAUACCUGCACAUUACCAUGAAGAACAAACCAAUAGAUGAUUACUACUGAGUAAAAAAAAGUUGUACUAGUAUCCUGAUAUAAUUUCACAGUAUUCAUACGAGCUUUGGGGCAGGAGUACAUCCUUUCAGCUUCUGCGCAUAUAAACCAGAUGUCUGGAUAUGUAUUUAAUAAUGUAUUGAAUAAAAUCAAGCCUGAAUUUAA